UCAUGUAGCGAUUAGCACAAUUUAAACUUUGUACUGAAGCAAGACAACAUAACAAUGAAGCCGUGGGUCCUAUCAUCUAGAAUAGCAGUGAAAAGAAAUAAAGUAUAAUAACAUCUGAUCAGGGUCUUUAAAUUUGCUGAUCAGAGUAUAUUAUAUGUGACGUUAAUUUCGUCGAUGAAAAGCAUUCCACUGCGACAUACGUAAGAUGGAGUCCGCACGCGCAGAGCAAAAUGAUCAGACGGUUGUAAAUUUAUUACCAGAACAGAUUAAUAUCAACAAUAAUGAAUAUGAUGAGGAGGAAAGCAAUGAAAAAUACGAAGAAGAGCAACCACCUGAUGAAACAGAAAAAUUGGUUAAAGAAAAUGAUCACGAUGACAUAAUUGUGCACGCGAUUUUAGCAGACGGUACGAUAACCGUCGAUAGCAGUACGGUGAGGGAUAUAUCAAUGAAAAAGGAUAAUCCAAAGGUCGAAAUAGAAGAAGAGGAACUUGAAUCGAAAGAAAAUCAUGAUGAAAACAAGAAAAAGAAAUGUUGCUGUUGUGCAUGUUUAUGUUGUCAUAAAAAACGUAACAGAAACCGUACAAACAUGUCAGAAAAAAUGAAGAGUACACAAAACCGUGCAACGUCGUCAAGUUACCAAAGCAGUCGUUGUAACCGGUGUUGUUACUGUUGUAAACGAUUUCUAGCAUUUCUCUUCUCUCGUAUUGGACUGUGUUCAUUGGUAGUGGCUUACGCAGUCAUGGGAGGAUUUAUCUUCAAAGAAAUCGAGGCACCCGAAGAGCAAAUAAUUCGUCAUCAGGUGGAAAGUCAACGACAAUCAAAAAUAGCUAAAUUAUGGAAUAUAACACAAGUACAUAAUAUAUUCAGUAGAGAAAAUUGGACCAUUGACGCAGAACGCCUUUUGUUAGAAUUCCAGACAGAAAUUUACAUGGCAACAAAGGAGAAAGGGUGGGAUGGUAAAAAAGAAAAAGGGGAGUUACAAUGGACUUUCUCUAGCUCUCUGUUAUACUCUAUUACUGUUAUAACUACUAUAGGUUAUGGUAACACAGCUCCAAAAACCAAUUUAGGCCGUCUCAUCACCAUAGUUUAUGCUAUUUUUGGAAUUCCUCUUACGUUAUUGUGUCUAGCAAAUCUUGGAAGCUCGAUGGGCAACUGCUUUCGGUUUUUAUACAAACACUUUUGUAAAAUAGUUAUAUGUUUAUGCUGUCCACAACAAGCCCAGUGGUAUGCGAAACGACGAUCAAAGAAUCUCUCCAACAUUCCAGAACUUGACAUCAACAACCUUAACAAAAACGAUAAUAAGGUCAAAGGUUACCAUGCUGGAAAGGAAGAACGAGUUCGUGUUCCGAUCUUUGUUAGUUUGUUAUUGAUAGGAUCUUACAUUUUAGCAGGGGCAGUGAUUUUUGCUACUUGGGAAGACGAUUGGGAUUUAUUAAUCGGAUCCUAUUUCUGUUUCAUAACAUUGUCUACAAUAGGAUUUGGUGAUUUUGUACCGGGAUCAAACAGCGGAUCUUUUGAUAAUCAGGAAAAGAUGAUCAUAUGUAGUGUAUAUCUUAUAUUUGGAUUGUCUAUGAUUGCCAUGUGUUUUAAUUUAAUGCAAGAAGAAGUUCGGGCAAAGUUUCGAUGGUUAGGAGAAAAGAUCGGUAUUAUUGAAAGUGAUUAACACAUGAUCACGCGAUCAAUAUUACUGAAAAACUUACAAAUGACGCUCUAUUCCAGAAUUCAUAGGAAGUUUGCGUACUAGAAUUAACCGACUGAGGCACGUUAAAACCUAUCAGAUGAGGGGAUGUACGAUAAAAGAUCAUCAAUCUUUCAUUGUAUUCUGACUUAAUAUAAUUACCAAACAGCAUGGACAAUAAAAAUUGCAAUGAUUUUAUACCGCUCAGUAUCAUAAUAGUAGAUGGUGGCAUGCGAAAACUUAAAAUCAUAUUCCAGCACUUGCACUUUUAAGUUCCGUUUC